AAUUCAACAGUCGAGUCGAGCUUCUACACGGCUGAGGCCUCCUUGUUUUAGUUUUUACAAGAGAAACCUCUGAGAGAAUCCAUAAUUCCAUAGUAUUAUCUUCUUCCUCUGCUUGCGUUUUCUUCUUAAAUAAAUACUACAUAUUGGCUGCAGUAAUCUAAUUUCGUUUUCUUCUAGAGCAACUCUGGUUCACAUCUCUUCUAUAGCCAUCCAUCCAUACUGGGAGAACUGCAAAUUCUUGAGCUUUCCACCUGCACCUUGGUCUGGGUCUGGAAUGGCGGCGAGUUGGGUUUUAUCAGAAUGCGGUCUAAGACCCCUUCCUCGCGUAUUUCCUCGACCAAGAACCAGAGUUUUCUCCAACAACCCCACCAAAAUUAGAUUCAUUGCUUGUAAAGGCCGUGGUUUUCUUGGAACACUAACAGAUGUUAGUCUUUCUCCGAUCUCGAGCGCGUCUAGACACCAAGAUUGGGCACUCAAGGUGAGCUCUCCUGUGAGGGUCGCGUCUGUUGACGAGGACAGUGGAGAAGAGGAGAAGAUUAAUGGGGUUGAUGAAGUAGAUGAAUUUGAUCCUGGUGCCCUUCCUCCGUUUCGAUUGGCUGACGUCCGAGCGGCCAUUCCCAAACACUGUUGGGUCAAGGACCCAUGGCGGUCUAUGAGCUUCGUCGUCAGGGAUGUUGCUGUCGUCUUUGGGUUGGCGGCAGCCGCCGCUUACCUCAACAAUUGGGUUGUUUGGCCGCUUUACUGGGCUGCGCAGGGAACCAUGUUCUGGGCUCUCUUUGUACUUGGCCAUGACUGCGGCCAUGGGAGCUUCUCAAAUAACCCAAAGCUAAAUAGUGUGGUUGGGCAUCUCUUGCACUCCUCAAUUCUUGUGCCUUACCAUGGAUGGAGAAUUAGCCACAGGACUCAUCAUCAGAACCACGGGCAUGUUGAGAAUGACGAAUCAUGGCAUCCGUUGUCGGAGAAGAUUUACAGGAGUUUGGAUGUCAUUACCCGAACACUGCGUUUCAUGGUGCCUUUUCCCAUGCUUGCAUUUCCAUUCUAUCUGUGGAGUAGAAGUCCCGGAAAAUCAGGCUCACACUUCCAUCCAGAUAGCGACUUGUUUGUCCCUAAUGAGAAGAAAGAUGUGAUCACGUCCACUGUCUGCUGGGCAGCAAUGGUGGGAUUGCUUGUGGGAUUGUCCUUUGCAAUGGGUCCUAUCCAAAUGCUUAAGCUCUAUGGAGUUCCAUACUGGAUUUUUGUCAUGUGGCUGGAUUUUGUCACUUACUUGCAUCACCAUGGUCAUGAGGAUAAACUUCCAUGGUACCGUGGGAAGGAAUGGAGUUAUCUGAGGGGAGGGCUAACCACGCUUGAUCGUGACUAUGGGUGGAUUAACAACAUCCACCACGACAUUGGGACCCAUGUGAUUCAUCAUCUCUUCCCUCAAAUCCCUCACUAUCAUCUGGUUGAGGCAACUGAGGCAGCUAAGCCUGUGCUUGGGAAGUACUACCGCCAGCCAAAGAAGUCUGCACCUCUACCAUUUCACUUGAUCGGAGAUUUAAUCACAAGUAUGAGACACGAUCACUAUGUCAGCGAUACAGGAGAUGUUGUCUACUACCAAACCGACUCUGAGCUGUUUGAAUCUGGAUCCUCACGGCAAAAGUCAGAGUAAUGGCGUGGAGUGGAGACUUGAGCCAUAUUAAUUUUAACAGUGAAUCAUUAUUAAAUCUCUAGUAGUCCAUAUCCUGUUAUUGUCAGCAAUUUUUUUCUCUUUAAUAAUCAAUACGAGAGAGAGAGAUGAUGAUGUUCUUUUACAACAGUGUGGCAUAAAAAUUUUCACUGUGGGCCUUCAAAUAUUAGUGGGUAUUAUAAUAUUUAACCCGCCACACCCAAUUAGCAGUAGCAGACACUUGGAUCUAAAUUUUGUAUCUGGGUCUGGAACUGGAAGACAAAAAUAAGAUCCUGUGAUAGAUUUCAGGUCC